AUGAAUGAAUCGACUAAUUGUGAGGUGAAAAUUGUAAAGACGUCGUUCGACAGCCGUCAUCAAAUACGUCUCGAUUUUGUCGACUUCAAUUUGGUAAGCAUUUGGUAUAUUUUUGUUUGUGAUCAGAGCCGUAUCAAGGAACAAUGUAUAGGGAAGAAAACAUAAAUAUUAAGUCCAUCCCUUAUACACUUUAUUUGCCAUUUUUUUUUAUAUAUUACGCAAUUUAAACACACAAAUAAAUGUGUCAUGUAUUUGAAUUAUUUAGAUAUUUAUAUUUUAUUUACCUUAGCAUUACUUAUUUUAGAAUUUUAAGAUGAUUCAUCAUUAAGUAGGUAACUAAAGUUCAUGGAUAUUACAUCGUUUAUCUUUUAACAUCCCGUAUAUUAAAAUGUAUGAAUAUUAUAUUAGUAUUAUUGAUAUUAAUUAUUAAUAAAUUAUUAUUAAGUAUUUCUGAAGAUAUGUUAUUCUAUAAUAUUUAUCGUUAGACUCUAGGUUACACUGUUAUUCACGAAAAUUUUGAUGCCCCUUACGAUAAUUAGGUACAUCAAAACUUCGUAUCAACACAAUAUAGGUAUUUCUACCAAUAAAUAUGGUUAUCGAAAUGAGAUAAUUUUUGGUUUUUUUAAUUGUUAAGAUAAAUAUUGUAACUUGGUUUGGGAUGAGCCGUUAAAUAUAAAAUAUUCUGGGAAAGUGUCUUUUAAAUAUAUUUAACUAUAGCUCUGCAGUGUGGAUGGUUUAUAGGAUUUUAAUAUUAAAAAUAAAUGUAGAUAAGUUUAUUAAUCUAUAAUAUCUUAUGAAAACUCAUUAUCGGUUUUUAUGUCGUCCGUUUGAAUUUAUAUACGCAAGAUAGUAGUAGCAGGGAACCAUUGUCUCUUACAUAGUGGUUAUUGGCCGUAGGCCUUACAAUAGUAAUGUGGAUUGGAAAGGAACUUAAUGUCUAUAAUUUGUAUUUUAUUUAUUACGCAUUUGUAUAUAACCAUAAUAGUAUACUAAUUGUCAGGGUAGUAUUUCCUAAAAUGGUUUUUGAUUAUUCUGUAAAACUAAAAAAACUGACACACGGAAUGUUGCAAAAUUUGUAAAAUGUAAUUUUGGUGUAGAUAGGAUGAUCAGAAUUUUAUGUUACAGCGAUUUUCUCCUAUAAAUAUACAAAAUAGAAAAAAAUUUACAAAAGUUGUUUAAUUUAUAAAUAUCUAAAAUAAUUUGUGUAUUUUAUUCGUUUUUACUAUUUUUUUUUGUGGGGGGGGGUUGGAGGUAAACUUUUUAAAUUUAAAUGGGAACCGAUGUUUAACAUUUCAUAAAUAGAGUGAGUAUUAGUUAAAAAAUAGAGAUAAAUUAUUUUAGAUGUUUAUAAAUCUAAAAAACUUUUGUAUGAGACAUUUUUCUCCAUUUUGUAUAUUUAUAAUGGUAUAUGAUGUAUGGAUAAUGGUUUACCAGUACCAUUAUCGAUUUAGAGAGCUGUUAACAUUUUUAAUGUGUUAAAGUGGAUAUAUAGCUGUUGGAAAUUAUUGUUCUACAUUCUAAGGACCUAGAAUAAAUUAUAGAAUUGUUCAAGAUUAAUAAUUAAAGAUUAUAAUGAAUUAAAAUUACAAAAUAAUUUUAUUUACGUUGAUACAUUUAUGAUAGGUACCUAUAGAUAGAUAGAUAUUUAUAGAAAUUUGUAAUAAGCUAUUAUAAGCAAUAUAUUAUUUGAAGUCACCCUUAAAUAUUUUGCCGCACCGUCUGGAGCAUCUGUACUUUUCACCUCCCUUCUUGAUGCGUCCCUGUUCGUGAGGAUCACUGUGAUGACUUGAUCUAAUGAAUCUAUAUUAUAGUAAGAGAGCAAUCAACAACUCGGGUUAUCACUAUUGAAUGGACCACCAUUUUGUAUACUAUGACAUAGUGCGGCCUAGAGUCUUUGUGAUUGGUGACAAAAUUAUUAUAAAAAGUAUUAUUAUUAAUGAUUAACUUAAACAUAUUCUAAUAAUUGAUGUAAAAUUAAUUAUUUUUAUGAAUAUCUUACUCAAAAAAUACUUUGCAAUGGUCAUUUUAAGUAACUAUUUCAUGGUUCAAAAUGUAGUUUACCAAAUGGUGGUUUGUAGAUAUAGAUCAACCAUAUAGAUAAAUCGAUCAAAGUGCAUUAUGUGAUGAGCCAUUCUUUUAAUUUAUUAAGGCUCUCUUGCAUAAUAUGAUCUAUAUAAUAUAUAAAUAUUAAGCUUUUUUAAUUUUCAAUUUUUUUUUUAAUCAAGAAUGGAAAUUGCUUCCUCGUGGUCUUAAAUCUACCCAAAAAUAUUUUGAGCCAAAAAAAAAAAACAUUUAAGAACUUGCUAAUCGCAUAUUUAGUUUUUCCAUUUAAAGAAUAUAGGAAAGUAACUAUACUUUAGAUUAAAUCACAUUUACUCAUUAGAUUCGAAAGUUACGAGAUUGUACAUAGAUUUUUCUUAAAGAUCACAAAAAAAUACAUAAGAUUCACUUGGAAUAAAGUGAAAUUUAACUGUUAUAAGAAUAGCUCAUUUGUAGAAAUCUAUACAAAUUAUCAGAUUUUUUUUAAAAUUUUUAACAUAUUAUUGUCUAUGAAUCUGAUCUAUAGAUCAGCUUCAUAUAACCAAGGACCAAUAGUAAAGUCUUUUCAUAACUUACAAAUUGAACCUUACUUGAAGAUUUUUAGUGAAUUGUGGCACAUUUAUAAAAUUGUAUAAUGUGAAAAAAAAAUUAUAAAAAUCAAAACAGGCUAAUAUACAUAAUCGAUCUUAUAUCAUUUAUAUAUUGAUUUAUUAUACAAUACGAUAUUUACAGUCAACACCACCAACCGCGAAUACUCUGGUUUGUGAAAAUGAUCGUUUGAUCGUCACCAGCAAAUCGUCCAGUGAUCUGACAGUUUGUGGCCUAUAUAGCGAUGAACACCGUAAGUGCAGAAUAAAAUAUUUUUCGUUUCACAUAUUAAAUACGAAAUAAAGAAGCAUAAUGACCUGAUGAUAGAUGAUGGAAAGUUAUUAAAAUUCGAAUAUAAUACUAAUACUUAUAUAUGAAUAUAUACAUUAUACACAUAUAUAUAUUUCACAGUUUAUUACACACUGGACGACGAUAGCGACGUUGCGAUUAUCAAAUUCAUAACAAGCAAUAUUGACUACGACCGGUCGUGGAAAAUCAAAGUUAGAUUGAAGAAAAUUCUUCGUCACCGAAUCAUACCCUAACCGGACGUCGUAUUUUUUUUUAUAGAUAACUCGAGUAGACCCUAGUGAAGAGAUUCCGAUAGGCUGCUUGCAGUAUUAUCCAAACGCCACGGGAAUCCUGCAGACGACGAAGCUCUCGGUUAAUGGUCAGUUUUUGGCAAACACAGAUUUUAAAAUAUGCAUAAAACGUGCAGAAAGUAAGCGAUCAUAA